AUCAUGAACAUCCGCAACGCCGGGCCGCGCGACCUCAUGAACAUGCAGCACUGCAACCUGCUGUGCCUCCCCGAGAACUACCAGAUGAAGUACUACUUCUACCACGGGCUGUCCUGGCCCCAGCUCUCCUACAUCGCCGAGGACGAGGACGGGAAGAUCGUGGGCUACAUCCUGGCCAAGAUGGAGGAGGACCCCGAGGACCCGCCGCAUGGCCACAUCACCUCGCUGGCGGUGAAGCGCUCGCACCGGCGCCUCGGCCUGGCGCAGAAGCUGAUGGACCAGGCCUCCCGGGCCAUGAUCGAGAACUUCGGCGCCAAGUACGUGUCCCUGCACGUCAGGAAGAGUAACCGGGCCGCCCUGCACCUGUAUUCCGACACCCUCAACUUCCAGGUCAGUGAGGUGGAAACCAAGUACUAUGCAGAUGGGGAAGAUGCUUAUGCCAUGAGGCGGGAUCUCUCGCAGAUGGCAGAGGAGCUGAGGCGGCCGCUGGAGCUGAAGAAGGGCGCGUAUGUGGUGCUGGGCCCCAGGGAGAAGCAGGGCACCCGGGGCGGCGCGCGCCCUGGCUCUGAGGAGUCGCGCCAGGAGAGGAGGAGCCGGGGCGCUGGCAGUAGUGGCAGCGACAGCAAGGAAUCCAGCGAGUCCGUGGAGAGCACCGAUGUCCAGGACAGCCCAGAAGACUCGGAUUCCACCUCCUAG